ACCGCCUGUAGUUUUACCAGUUCUGCAGAAUGAACAAUCUCAUGCAUUAAGGCGGGGUACGUAUAAAUUAAAAGUCAUAUUAACUCACAACUUGUUUUAUUGUGUGUACGCGAGUUCUAUGCAUUAGAAGCGCUCUACAGUAAUAAUGAAACUUCUGGUAUACUUAUUUGGGUUUGCCUUAGCUGGCCUUGCUUCUGGGUCAGGUGUCACUAUUGGACUGCAUCCAGAACUACAUCCCAUACAAUCCCUUUAUCAUUCUCAAGAUUGGCGUGGUCAAUACACCUAUGGCUACGCAACACCCAUGAUAACAAGAAAUGAAGUCAGGAACAUGGAUGGUACAACCGUUGGAGGUUACUCCUACAUGGAUUCGAAUGGAGUUCUUCAAACAGUUCAAUAUAAAUCAGAUCCAAUCCACGGCUUCCAAGUGGCAGCUUCCAACUUGCCCCAAGAUCUACCAGAUGUAGCUGAAGCUAAAGCUAAACAUUUGGCACUAUUCCGAACUAUACAAGAAAACAAUAUUGCAGCUGCGGUUUCUCAAGACAAUUCCAAUUUGCCCCAAGAUCUACCAGAAGUAGCUGCAGCUAAAGCUAAACAUUUGUCGCUAUUCCGAACUAUACAAGAAAACCAUAUGGCAGGUGCCGUUGUUCAAAACAAUCUCCUGCAACCAGUUCAAGAACUCCCAGAAGUUGUUGCAGCAAGACAAGCACAUAUGGCUGCCCUUGAGGCUGCAAGAGGAGGAGUAAUGCCUCAGCCUGUGCAAGAUACCCCAGAAGUGAUCAGAGCUAGAGCUGAAUUUUUAUCCUUCUUCGAAGCUACCCGUGCAAGAGAUGAAGCUUUGAGGAGAGCAAUCAGUUUAAGUCCUAUUCCUCAAGAUAUAUCCGGUCCUGUAUCAUUACCAAACCAAUCUUCAGCAACUAACCAGGCAGCACCAGUGGAUUACAGACCAGCCGCCAACGUUGCUCAGUAUGGAUCUGAGGGAGGUUUGGGAAUUUAUUCUUAUGGUUACACAGGUCCACUCAGUUCCGGAUCAGAAGCCAAAUCCUCUGACGGUAUAACUAGAGGGGGCUAUUCAUACAUUGAUGCCAAUGGAAUUCUGCAAACUGUAAGAUAUAUCGCUGAUGAUGUCAAUGGUUUCAGAGUUCAAGCAACAAAUAUUCCCAUCAACCCCUUAAUAUCAAACGUUCAAACUAAUCAAAUUUCCCAAGAUCAGCCAGCAUCUCAACCUGCAUCGUCUGCCAGUCAUGGUGAAGGAGUUGUAUCAUCCAAUAGAGGUGGGUUUCUUAUCAAUGUCGAUGAUUCGCAGCAGAAUAACCAGAACUCCAUACUCUAUAGACAAGAAGUUCAAUAUUAGUUAAGUAUAUUAGUGUUCCAAAAGUCGACUGCAUUUUAUGUAUAAUAAUGUUAGAUAGUGAAUGAUAAUAAAUGUAAGAAUAUAA